AUGAUUCUCUCUUUAUAUCCCGAGCCGGCGAACAAUAGUACGCUCGUGGAGCCUUGUCCGCAUCUGACAUAUCUCCGCCACUGUCUUAACCUGGCCAAGCUGUCACCGCCGCGCCCCACCCUCUUCCGGGCCGGAGCAGUCCUGAUUUCGCGAAAACUCGUCCGGGGAACUGACAACGAGCUGUACAACGACGACCGGCUUCUAUCAUCAGGAUAUACCAUGGAGCUGGUGAAGAGACCCCAUGCGGAGCAGGCCUGUCUUUCCAACUACGCUGCCGUCCAUGGAGUCCCAGACAAUGAGGUCGGGGAUGUCCUACCCUCUGAGCCUGAUCGCUCUCUGAUCAUGUACAUGAGUUUUGAGCCUUGCGUGGAGCAUGAGGAAAGUGACAUGUCCUGCGUGCAGAAAAUCAUCGAAACAAGAAAGGAGGGGCGAAAAGGCAUCGAGAAGGUUUAUUUCGGCUCGCUGUCGCCGUGCUCGAUAAACAAUAAGUCAUCGGCACGUCAGAUGCUCGGAGAGGCCGGCAUUGAGUGGCAACUGUUCGAGGCUCUGGAGCAAGAGAUACUUUCGGUUGCAAAGGAAGGACGUGUGAAUCAAGGAAAGAUUUGA